AUGAUUUUGCAUUUCCAGGGAGGAGAACUGUAUGUAAACAAUACACUUCUCCUCCCUGUCAGCAUAUGCACACUGCUUUGGAUGGAUGUACACAGCACAGCCAUGCAAAGCAGUGUGAUGACAGUGAAGCACACACAGCUUACUGUGAACCAGCACACAGCACACAGUUAACCCUUUGAUCGCCCCUCAUGUUAACCCCUUCCUGCCCAGUGCUCUUAUUGCAGUGUCAGUGUUUUUUUUUUAGCACUGAUCACUGUAUUGGUGUCACUGGGGUUGUCAGUGACACCAAGUCAGUUCCCUCCAGUGUCAAAAUACCCACUGCAGUCCUGCUAUAA